AUGUCAGUUAUAAAAUGCAGGCUAGCAACUAAUUGGGUUUGGAAGUGCAAUAAAUUAUUAUUAAACAUAAACACAAGAAGACUUAGUAAAAAUACAGAAAGUGAUGAAAAAAAUGUUAUUCCUCCUCGUGAGGAAGGUAAAAUGCAAGGAGCGGUUUUAAAAAAAUUCUCUGAGCCUUUUAUUAUUGACAAUCUUGAUAUACCUUCUAUCAAUGCAAAUGAGGUGUUGAUAGACGUGCAGUAUUGUACGCUCAAUGGUCCAGAUAUUUUAAAAAUGAAAAACUUACACAGAUCUCCACCAAAGUUACCGGCAAUUUUGGGUUAUGAAGUGGCAGGAAAGUUGCUGGAAGUUGGAGACCAGGCUAAGAAGCAAGGGUUCAAAGUUGGAGAUAAAGUUGUCGCUUUAAAUAAAGUUCAGUUUGGAGGUUUAGCUGAGCGAUGUGUCGCUGAAAUGACUGACAUUUGGAAAAUUCCGUCGUCUAUUAAAACUUUAGACACCGUUUGCUUAAUGAAUAAUUAUCUCACGGCUCUAAUUGGUCUUGAAAAAAAAGCUGACCUUCAGGAAAAUGAAAUAGUUGUCAUCAAUGUUGGUCUCAGUGGAGUUGAAAUAGUACGUGAUAAAGGAGCAUUUGCAUCUUUAAAAUACAGUGAUAAGAAAUUAAUGAAAAAAAUAGUUGAAUUUGCCGCUGAACGAGAUAUUAAAGAUGUUUUUGACGGAGCUGAGGGUGAAAAAUUUAAAACAAUGUUAGAAUGCUUUACAAGUAUUUACAAAGAAGAUCAUCAAAACAGUUUGUUACGUGAUGAUAACUUUGCAGUAUUAAUUGAACAUUUAUCGAGAGAAGGACGUAUAAUUAUCGCUGGAUUCGCUGUAACCAAAGAAGACUACGAUGAAGACAGCUCAACACAGUGUCCAUUUUCCAUCACGGGUAUUGACAUAGUGGAAUUCAAAGAAAAAAAUCUGGAGUCAUAUCGCGAGGCAGGCAACGAUAUUUUGCAAUAUCACGAAGAAGGUUUAAUAAAACCUUCGUACUCGAUGGUGGUCGGUCUCCAUAAAAUCAAUGACGCGGUUAAAUUUAUAACUGAUUUAAAGUGUUCAGAUAAGGUUGUUGUCGAUCUUAAAAACCCUGAAGCUGAAAUAAAGUUAAAAGAUAAACCAGGACACGAACCUGGAUCUUUUGGUUACGCACCAAAUGCUCUACCAGUUAAGCUAUCCGAGACACCUUCUGGUCCUGAUCCUGGUCUGGGCCGUCCGAAUUAUUUUUUCAGUCAAAUUUAUCUUUAA